AUGCCUCUUAGUUCUCUCAGUCUCAGCGACACUCGCUCAGUCACAUCUAGUUCUUCCACAUCUAGCUCCUCCCCGCCCUUCAGCCCUUCACGUGGAACAUUCCCUUCCACACCAACAAAAAUACACCACGCAGGUGGUGUCGGCGUCGACCCGACUCAGCUCAUCGGGAAAGUACUCAAAGGUGUUCGACGCUCCCCUACUCACCCAAAUGUUACCCUCUAUUUCACCGACAACACCGCGUUCCAGAUAUUAGUCGACGGCUACGAUCCCAGACAUCGUGGCGUGCCUAAAACGAUCGAGAUGGACUCCGGUCUGGAGCCCAUAUUCAACCACACAAAGGACCUACGGGAAGUACAUCUCACUGUGUCCAACGCGGCGCGAGUCACUCUUGCGGAUAAAGCGUUUGACAAGGGGGGUCGGGGGAGCAAGUGGGAUCAGACGCAUCGUGGUAUCGCACUCAAGUUCAAAGAGGACAACCAGUGGCACUGUGUUUGGGCUACGCUUGCAGAAUAUGACGAUGUCGAGCGGAUGAAUUGCACCUUCAGAAGCUACCACGACGUCUAUCUCGACGUCCUGGAUCAGCCAGCCACGAGCCGCAAACGUAGAUCACGGAAGAGAGGCCAGGGAUAUUCUAUUCCCAAAGUAAUUUAA